CAAGGUUAUUAAAGGUUUGGGCUAAAUUGUUUUGCUUAUUUUAUCUUCGGGGAAGCAGAUCCGCUGGUGCCAAAUCGAGUUGGAGCUGACAAGCUCUACUCUAUCUCUCCUCACUCAUUCCCUCUUCCCCCUUCGGCUUUUCCCUUGUCUAGCUUCAGCAAAAAGUGAAUAACCAGAUAGAGCUUGAGCUCGAGCUCCAUCUCUCCUCUCAUUGCAAGCGGGACAUCCUCCUCUUCUUGCCCUCAUGGCCCUGGUAGCCAGCCUACUUUGUCGCGAUCAUAUUCAUAACAUAUGGGCCUAGGCUGUGCCUUUUGGUGUAUGAAAUUGCGCACUUUGCAAGGAAUUUGUUCGGAGAAGUAGAUUUCAUGGUGGGGAAGAUGGCAACGUUCCCUUUUCUGGGGAUUACUGUUUUCGUUGCUCUUAUUGCUUUUUUAACUUUUCACUUCAAAUUCAACUCUGGACAGAGAUUGUUCAGUCCUGAAGAACUUGCGUUGUACAAUGGAACCGAUGAGAGUUUGCCAAUCCUUCUAGGAAUUAUCGGAUCUGUGUUUGAUGUAACAAAAGGAAAAUCUCAUUAUGGUUCAGGAGGCGGAUACAAUCAUUUUGCUGGAAGGGACGCUUCUCGUGCAUUUGUCUCUGGGAACUUCACAGGAGAGGGACUCACAGACUCAUUGCGUGGUUUAUCUAGCACUGAGGUGAAGAGCAUUGUUGAAUGGAGGAACUUCUACUUUAAAACCUACAAGUAUGUUGGUAAGGUUGUUGGUCGAUACUAUGAUAGCCAAGGGCAUCCUACUAAAUAUUUGAAAGGUGUUGAAGCAAAGGCUGCUAGAGGCGCACAACUUUUGGAAAAGCAGAAGAUCGAAGAGUCUAAACAACCUAGUUGUAAUUCAAGAUGGAGUCAAGAUGAGGGUGGAGAGGUAUGGUGUGAUGCCGGCUUCCCGAGGCUUGUUCAGAGGCCUCUUGAGAUUGCUUUGACUGGAAAAAUGAGUAAACGUUGUGCCUGCUUUGAAGAAAAUCAACUGAGCCAAACAGGCUUAGAGGUGUAUGCUGGCUGUGAUUAUCAUGCCAAAAGGUGCAAAGUCUUGAACUAACAUAUGAUGAUGAUGAUUAUUAUUAUGGCCUUUCGUUUGGCCGGGACAUAAAAUUACUCAUUGGUGGGUGUGAUUUGUGGGAUUUUGAUUUGUAUAUUAAGAGAUUAACAUAGAAAAUCAACUAGAUCUAGUUUGAUUCUUGUAUAGAGCAACUCUGGAUUGAGUUUGAAUACUUCUGUUUAUUUUUAAUAUUAAUGACCCAAAAAGAGAGAUCAAGAGGAAAUGACCAAAGACUAAAGGUAACGAAAUUGAUCAUAUGAAGUAACAGUGUAAUAAAAUCUACUAUAAGUUGAUAUAUUGAUUGAUUUGGUCGCAUUUAAUAGACAACUGAGUUGUGUUGGGAUUUUGCAA